AUGGCCGGAUAUUGUCGCGAACACUCCCCUCGUGGCAGAGGGCUUUCGACAAUCUCUGUCAAUGCGCCUUCGAAUGGAACAGUGGUUAGGUGGCACGGGAGACGAGUUCCGGCCUCCAGGCACUUCCCGCAACACCGUCCUCAAUUCCUAGGCUCGUCGGUGGAAUGUCUGAGUACAACACAGCACCGUUCGACCACACAACGAAUGUUCAAUUCGGGUGUCGCACAGAAAGUAGAAGAGGAUGAGAGCGAGGCGGAUCGUUUACCGGGUCACUCAUUGGAGAGCGCGACGAUACGAAGGGAUAAUCAGAAAGAGAAAAUAUUGCCCCCGAACGGGCCUUUACUCAAGAAACCGCCAAGUCGAUUACUACGGGAUUGGAAUCGUGACUCGAUAUCGAAUAUACCUGAACCCUCCGACUCCUUCGAAGUUGUUCAACCUACUGCGACUAGGACACCCAACCAAGCGCGCACCUCGCACGGUCCAAGCGAAAGAUAUCGCUACAAUGGAAAAACCAGCCCCGCGAAGGAAGUAUAUACCGCUGCAUCGAAGCUAUAUCGCGCUGUAUAUGGAGAUUCACUAGACUGGAAGCAGGCCGUCGACGCCGCGAUGAAGGAACUGCCAGCCGUCUCCCGUCGCGCAGAUAAGCGCCUCGAUGCUGUUGAGCUACAUUCGGUCGAGAGGUUCCUUGAAGCCAUGUGGGACGAGAAGAAAUCAAACCAAUACGUCUUCCGGCUAUACCGCGAACUUCCCCACCCUGGAGUUUCCUACCUGUCAAAGCGCUCGCGGGGUGCACUCCUGCGGCGGUUCGCCAAUCCCACCAACCGUCGCUGGGUAGACGCGCGCCGUUACCUAGGGUUGGUCGAGGAUAUGAUCGCCGCAGGUCUGCCUAUCUCCCGGUCGCUAUGGAGCUCUGCCAUACACCUAGCCGGUCGAGCGUCGGGGAAAGUAUGUAAGAAAGAUCUUGUGAGGUCUAUUGGACUGUGGCAGCAAAUGGAGCACGUCGGUGGAGUCAGAUCGGAUGGGGUUGUUUUUGGCAUCCUCUUCGACAUAGCCAUCAAAGCUGGCCAGUUCACAGUUGCAGAUCGUCUACUGGAGGAAAUGGCCAAGCGGGAUGUCAGUUUCAGUCGCGCAGGGAAGGUUUCGAGAAUUUACUACUACGGCAUGUUGCGGGAUCCCGACGGGAUUCGCCAAGCGCUGGACGACUUUGUGGCUAGUGGUGAGAUCGUCGACACGCCCGUGUUGAACUGUCUACUCGCGUCAUUUCUUCGGGCCGGGGAUACGGAAACCGCGGAGAGUCUCUAUCGUCGUAUGCUCGAGUCGCAAAAAUCAACCGGGUUAGACCUUGAACAGAGAAUCCAACAUCAACCCGGGUUGACGUCGGAAUUGGUCGUCUACCGGAAGAAGUCGAGAAAACUGAAUACACUCCUACAGCUCUCCGCCCCUCUUAGGGAGAAGUUGCCUGAACACCACCGCGCGCUCCAGGAGGCCUUUCCAAUGGCCCCAGAUACCCGCACAUUCCAUAUCCUUCUUUCCUUCCACUGUUACGAAACAGGCGAUAUCCAGGCUUUCGGCUCCGUGCUCAAGGACAUGGAAAAGACGUUCGCUGUGCCACCUCGUGGGAUGAUCUAUCUACUGCUUUUCAGCGGAUUUGCUCGCAACGGCCGGAAACGAAAAGGCUGGACUGCGGAGCGAUUGCGAGGGGUGUGGAAAUCCUAUCUCCGGGCUCUCUACGAGUCUCGAGCAAGAUUCAAUGAUCGUCUCCACUCUCGGCCGGCUAGGCCUACUUGGGAGAAUCCUCUGGAGAGCGAUCCUACAUUAGUCAAGACGCACCCACCUUCCUUGCCACACGCUCCUCGCGGCUUGUAUACCCCAUUGCCAACGUCAAACCAUGGCAACGAAUCGGAAAAGACUCAUGCCAGCACAGCCGGGGCUCAUUCUGUUAGUACCCACGCAAGCGAGGAACAAACCCAAUCCAGUGAACAUUAUGAGGCGACGUACCAUGAGGACGAUGAAAUCGACACGGACGAGCUCUUUGGCCACCGGACGCGAGACCCACCGACUGGACAAGAUGAGCUGGAAGGAUUGGAGCGCCAGAUCGAGAACGGUGUCUUUCUGGGGCGCCGGAUGAUCAUCAUUAUUCUCCGUGCUUUUGGUACGUGCUGUGGACCGAAAGAGGUGAUGGAGGUGUGGCUCCGACUCGAACGUCUCUGGCAACCCAAGAGACGCAGAGCGCUGGACGUCUUGGCCGUCAAGGAAGAGCUGGAAAAGCAGAUGACCCGAGUUCGGAGGUAG